CCCCUACCCGAAAUUCUGAUUUCACUUCCAGAGAGAGAGAGAGAGAGAUACCAAAGCUCUCUCGGUCUGCAACGAAGCACGCCAUGUCUACAGAGAGCUCUCCUCCUCUGAUUGCAGCUCAGCUCAAUCACCUCGCUCUUCACUUCCCUCUGCUCGCUAAGAUUGAGGCUAAGUGGUCUGGUAGCAAAGACUACAGCGGAGUUCUUGAUCGGUUUACCUUGGCCAUUUCCUACUGUCUAGACUUUAUCAAAUGGGAUGUUAUAUUUGAUGCGGAGUAUCCGAUGUCUGCACCGGAUAUUAUAUUCGGACCUGAAGAUGAAAGUUUUCAGCAGUUUCUUGUAUUGCAUGGUGAAGAUCCGAAGUCUCCCAUGAACCGUUUGGGUGGUUGGGAUAGCAGAGACCCUACGCAGCUCAUGCUUCUCGUUCAAGAACUCAGAGAUCAAUACAUGGCCUACCAGAUGAAGCGUGUUGGAGAGGUUCAAGAUGAUCGCGUGAAAUUUGAAAUUAGCACAAUUGCUUUUCGGGAGGGAAUUGAGAUGCACUUGAGUUCUGGAUAUGAUAAGCCAGAGGAGGUCAAAUUUGCAGUGCCCCUAGUAGAUACGAACAUAAACAAAAUGGUGCCCGGGUGCCCCUGGAUAUAUCCACAGAAGAUAUACUUGCAGGUUAUAUAUCCUGUUGAGAAAAAAUAUGUUUCCACCCCAUCAGCUCCUCGUUUGAAACUAGUAGCUACUCCAGACUUGAAGACACUAUUUUCUAUAGAUGAUGUCAAACUUCCUACAUGGUUGACGGGGAUGUGCAUGGCUGAAUAUCUCCCACCUCUUGAAGAGACUCUUGAAAAACAGGUUUUGGAGGCAGUUUCCUUAAUUGAUGUUAGAAGGCGCUUUAUUGAGGCAUUAGCCGUUCAGUUUGGAAGACCAGUGGAAGCUGAUCCGAUCUUUUGCAGAAAGACAACGUUUCUAGCUGCUUCUGGAGUUUUCACAUUCCUGGUUCAUUUAACAAUUACAACUCAGUUUCCAAAGCAACCGCCAGCUAUAGUGCUUCAAAGUUCCCAGCAUUUCAACCCCCAAGGUGUGCCUAUCAAAUCACUGCCGCUGACUGAUUAUCCAUUUAGCCCAAGAUGGGAAGCAUCGCUAAUGGCUGAACGAAUAUGGGACUUUUUGGCCGAUGAAGCCUUGAUCUUCAAGAAGUACUGCAACGAGCAGUAUUAGAGGGUGUGGCUUAGUUUAUUGUCAAUGUUUUGUAUCCUCAUCGGUACCAUACCAUUCAAGCUGUGUAAAGUUGGUCCCUUUUGAACUCUUUUUGAUUGUUUGAUAUUAGCGUGGAUCAAAUAGAUCAUCACUUUAAGAACUGGGAAAUGAAACUGAUUACAAGUACAAUUUAUGUUCUUGAACUUGAGAUCUGGUAAAAACUUCUAGAUUUUGAAAUAUCUAUUACAACAAUUAAACAAAUA